CGGGGAGGAGAGGACGGGGGAUGGCUGGAGUUGCCGGCGGCCGCGGCGGGGGCUGCAAGAAGCGCGGACAGCUACAAAGGGAAUGACGGGGCACUCGGGGCGAUAGAGAACCUGUCUCUGACCCAGCAUGGCUGGUCUCAUCAAGAAGCAGAUUCUGAAGCACCUGUCCAGGUUUACAAAGAAUCUCUCACCUGAUAAAAUCAACUUGAGCACCCUCAAAGGGCAGGGGCAGUUAACGAAUCUAGAACUGGAUGAAGAAGUUCUGCAGAAUUUGCUGGAUCUGCCCACCUGGCUAGCCAUAACUCGAGUUUUUUGCAACAAGGCCUCCAUCAGGAUCCAGUGGACUAAGUUGAAGACUCACCCAAUCUGUCUGUAUUUGGAUAAAGUUGAAGUGGAGAUGCGAACAUGUGAAGUGCCCAGGCCACCCAAUGGACAGUCUCCCAUUGCUGUUGCUUCAGGACAGAGUGAAUAUGGAUUUGCAGAGAAGGUUGUAGAAGGUAUGUACAUUAUUGUCAAUUCUAUUACCAUCAAGAUACACUCCAAGGCCUUCCAUGCAUCAUUUGAAUUAUGGCAGCUUCAAGGAUAUAGUGUCAACCCCACCUGGCAACAAAGUGAUCUUCGCUUUACCCGAAUCACUGAUUCACAUAAGGGAGAGGUUUUAACAUUUAAAGAACUCACCUGGCAGACUCUUCGAAUAGAAGCUGAUGCUACAGAAAGUGGAGAACAAGAUCCCCUCACUACCCCUCUAAGACUUAUUACUAACCAGGGCAAAAUCCAAAUAUCACUUAAGAGAAAGACAAAGGAUUGCAAUGUGGUGGCAUCUAAGCUCAUGUUCCUUCUUGAUGACUUGUUGUGGGUGCUAACUGAUUCCCAGCUGAAGGCAAUGAUGAAGUAUGCAGAGUCCUUGAGCGAAGCCAUGGAUAAAUCAGCUCAGCAGAGAAAAACUUUGGCUCCUGAACCUGUCCAAAUCACACCUCCUGUUCCCAGUACCCAACAGUCUUGGCCCCAGUCAUUUGGCAGCACCCAUAAAGCAAUCAGCCAGUAUUUUGAGAUGUAUGAUAUGAAAGAGUCUUCCUAUCACCUUCUUAUUUCCCGUCUGGACCUUCAUAUCUGUGAUGAUAGCCACACUCGAGAAACAGGUGCUUCCAAACAUGGUGUAGUGGGAGGUGCAAUGCAAUUAACUUUUAGGAAGAUGGGCUUCGACUAUUAUCCUUUCCACUGGGCAGGUGAUAGCUGCAGACAUUGGGUGCGAUAUUGCGAUGCCAUGGAGACCUGGGAACAUUGGGCAAAAAAACUAGUGAAUGAAUUCCAAAACAAGAUGGGAAAAUACAGUGAAGAAAUAGGUUCUGCCUUCUUUAAAACUGCAGAGAAGGAAUCUCCUUUGAAAAAGAGACAAGAUGAUGUUUCUAGUUCUCCAAAAAGCUCUACAGAGAAGGGGUUACAUCAGGCUAGCACACCACCUCAUACCCUGCUUGGGCUCCAACGGCCUGCAUGGAAUAGACUCCGAUCCAGUUGCCUGGUUGUUCGAGUUGAUGAUCUGGAUAUUCAUCAGGUUUCUACAGCUGGACAGCAGAGUAAGAAACCUCCAACAUUACUUUCCUGUAGGAGGAAAUUAUUGAAACUUCCGGAACAUACGUCAGCAAUCCAUAUAGUAUUCACAGAGUACUAUUUUCCAGACCAAACUACUUUUCCAGUCCCAAGUCCAAACUUGUACUUGCAGAUGAAUGGUUUGGUUUUCACUUUUGACACAAGGAGCAUGCUUUGGGUGAAUUUAUUCUGCCUUGAUCUCUAUCGCAGUCUACAACAGUUUAAAGCUAUAUACAAGCUGGAGAGUUCUGGAAAAAGGGAGGAACACAUUGAUAUUCGAUUGGAUGGCUUUAUGUUAAAGGUAAACAUCCCAGUGGACAAAAAAGUAAUUGAUCACCAGGACCGUCCCCAGUGUCUCUCUAUGUCCACAUCAGAAGUGACAGCUACUAAUACAAGGCAUGCACCUCAUUGCAGUUGUUUAGCCCUGCAGAACCUGUUCCGUAGAUUUGCUGCUUCUGAAUUCUUCCAUUCUAGCUAUACCAAAUUCCCUAAAUUUCAGGACAACUUUAGUCUUUUGCAUACUCUCUUUCUACGUCACGCAUACCAGGUGGAUACCAGUGUCCAGCAGCAAACAGAUUUCUGUCAUUUUCCUGGCAAAUCUUCUGUUUUUGAAGAUCUUUGGUCUGUUAAUUUUACCCAGGUGUCCUUGGAUUUUGAAGGGACCAAAAGUUCCAAAGGAGAGGCCCUUAACUUUAUCUACCCUUUUCCACUCUGUAUGUGGGCUUGCCUCCCAAAGAAAUGGGAACAAGCCCAGGCAGCAAUGCUGAAAGUUUCAUCUACCUCAAAUGUUAGACUUAAAUCUUCCACAACUUUUAGUAAUCAUACUGAGAACCAGGUAUUUUCUGGUGAGGAGCAAUUCUGCCAAAGAUCAAAGACUGAGCAGAAUUUGAGAAGCAUCUACCUUACCCCUGAGGCAAAGGAAGUCAUGGAAGAAAGUUGUACUGUUAAUGAUGAAGGAAAGGAUAAUGAUACAGAAAUAUCUGCCGAUAUCCAUGUACUUCUUUAUUCAAGUGCUCAUAUGAAGAUGCAACUCACUCAUUAUCAGUAUUUGAUGCUGCUUAGGAUGAAAGAAGUACUACAGACUUUUCAAGAGCAAUUUACCCUAGAUACCCAGGAAAUAACUGGGUCACCUUUAGAUUCCAUAACCACUUGCAUAGGCAUCAUGUUCAACAGUACUGAGGUGGCUUUGCUGAUGCAUCCUGUUCCUGGUUCUUCACUAGAACCGAGAUCUGUAGAUUCAGAUACUACCAGUCUAGUUGAAUCUGAACUCUCAGCUUCCGAGAGUAGGGAAAAACUAAUUGCUGAAAGCAAAGAAUCAGAUGUCAGCUCCGAGAAGGAAAAUAGUAGUCCCAUAAAAAUGUUAGAAGAUACUGGAACUGAGAAUACAGAUAGGAAUAUGACUGCAUCACAAAAUGGAAUGCUGAAAUCCCAGACUGAUGGAUCAUUGACGGAAGAAUUUCAUAGUCAAACCACUGGACAGAGGAGCCCUGUAGAAGAAGCACAUGAAGCUGAAGAAAUCCCUGAUGCAGAGAAACAGUAUGAGCACGUCAACCUACCCAAGACUUCUGAAGUUCUUCCUUCCAGACCAUCUUCCAUUGUAGAUCCUUUAGGUGGUAUACAUGUCUCUCUUAAUGGGCAAGAAGAGUUGAUUCCAUUGAGAAACAUGGAGCUGGAGUUAUCUAGUGCAUUGCAUAUAACAAAGGAUGCCACCAAGGAAGCCUUGCAUGUUACUAUGGACCUCACUAAAGAAGCCAUGUCAAUAACAAAAGAUGCUUUCAGCUUGAGCAAGGAAAAAAUGGCUUCCACUAUGCAGAAAAUGCGGUUCCACCCCCAAAUCAACAGAGAUCCUUCACCAAAGCCUGAAGAAGCAGCAGUGACUCAAGUAGGAAGUAAUAGUGAAAGUACGCGUUUCUCCUCCAUGAAGAAGACUGCUUCACAACAUUCCUUUGAUACCAAUUCAUUAGAUGGCAGUGGUCUUGAAGAUAGACUGUCAGUAGAUAGUGAUGGCAGUGAUGGCUUUGUAAUGCCUAUGAAUUCAGAGACGAGUCUUGAUCUUCUUACCUUAGGACAACUUCCCCAGAUGCCUAAUGAUAGAGACAUUAGAUCAAGCUCAGUGGGAGAGGAAGAAAGAGGAUCAACAUGUGUUAACAGCUCAGCUUCUCUGAGUGGACAGGAUCCUAAUACUCAGUUGGUUUCUGUGCUGGUGUUAAAAACCAAUGAAUUGAAUUGUGUAGUAGAAUCAAAGGGAGAUGAUAUGACACUUGCUCUUCAAGUUAUGGAACUAACUCCUCAACAUCUGGGAAAUAUCAGCAUGUGGCAGUACCUGCAGAAUGCUCCCACAGGAGAUGCAAACACAGAGAGGUCUACAACUACUGAAACUAUCCAAACCCAACCUGAGGUGUGUUUACAAUAUGAAAUUGGACCAAGUGCUGCAGUGCACUCACCUCUGGCUGCCCAAAAUGGUUUUUUUCAUAUGCUGAUCCAUAGCUAUGAGGCAGAGCUUCUGACAUCGUCUCUUUCUAGCAUUGGGCUCUUCCUUGAAGAUGAAAUCAUUCCUGAAGUUAUUCCCAUGAAGAUUGAGAUUGUGAAUACCAAGAUUACAUUAAAGGAUGACAGUCCUCGAGUGUAUCAUCCCACUCCUGGUCCUUUGCCUAUAAUUUUAGUCAUGGACCACAUUGUUCUUCAUUGUAAAGAUGAUGGAAUAUUCUUUAUAACAGCUGCACAGAGAGAAGAAUCUUCUACCCAGAAAACAGUCCAGAAAAAUCUUAAGAAACAGCAUGUUCCAGUAGAGAGAAUCUCUAGAGUUUCAGCGGGAAGUGAUGAUGAACCAGAGUUGAAAACAGAAUUAACUUUGGAGAAAGAGUUACAGGAUACUCGGAAAGCUCUUGCAGAAGCCAAUCAGGACAAAUUACAUCUGCUGCAGGAAAUCAAGAAAUAUGAUCCUCUCUUCCAGCUUUGACAACAAAGACCUGAGCAAGAGAUGCUCAGAGCAUUCAGAAAUUACUACCAGCAUUGAAAAGGUUUACUUGUUAAAAGCAAAGCAGUUGAUUUGUUCAUCUUCAUUCAAGAGCUGCUAGUUUGAAAAGCAAAAUGCCAUUACAAGGGAUGGAAGCAGAAAUGUAGCAAGAAAGUACAUGGGAAUAAGAUGAACGGGAGACUGGAUUUAGUAGCCCAGCUGUGUCUGGAAAACAUAAAACUGUACUGUAGCUAAAGCAUGGCACUUUUGUCAGUUGAAUAGUGAGAGAAGAAGAAAAUACUUGAGUUAUCAUAAAGCAGUGCUGAUAAACAUAUUUCUUGCUAUGAACUGUUUCUUACAGGUAGGUGUUGGGAACAUGAUCACCCUACACCAAAGAAAUUAGAUUCUGCUUAGCUCAGGCCUGAUUAGGGAAUUCUGCUGUAGCAACAUGAGUGUGAAAUAUGGAAUGGAACAGCGGUGGGAUUCAGGUUUUUUUUACUACCAAUUCUGUGGGCGUGGCUUCAUGGGCGUGGCAGGGAAAGGAUACUGUAAAAUCUCCAGUCACAGGUGGUAUUUGCCAGUUCUUCAAACUACUGAAAAUUUCUGCUACCGGUUCUCAAGAACUGGUCAGAACUUGCUGAAUACCACCUCUGGAAUGGAGACACAGUUACUGGAAUGGAGAUACAGUUACAGACCCAACACAGGAAAAAAGUGCGCGGAAUAGAAAAUACAAACUCCAUCUUACUGCUCUCAGAGAAAAGAGUUGAGCCCCCCCCACAAUUUCUCAUGAAAUUAUAUUUUCUCUAAUCUCCUUUCCUCAUAAUAUGGUAAUCUAUUAAUGUAGUAUUGAUACACUAACCCUCCUUGUGCUUCCUUGUGAAGUCCACCUCAUUAAAAUGGAUUUACAGCCAUUUUGGAGUAUAAUUUGGUGAGAAAGUGCCUGACAAAACAUUGUCCUUAUUAAUGAAAAUAUAGAUAACUUUUAUUUUCCAACUAACUAACUAAUAAUAUUGGAAAGGCUUGGAAAUGAGAUCUGUCAAAUCGCUUUAGGUCAUAUAUUUAAGGAAUCUUUUUGGUAAAUAAUAAAAAAAAAUCUGCAAGAUGUGGAAUGCUGCUAGAAAUUGUUUUAGCUGCAAAAUGGUUGACCUUUUUUUCCUUUGUGCGAUCACUUUUGGAAUGAAAGAAAAACAAUUUGGCUCUAAAUAUACUAUAGCAGUGUUAGUUUUCUUAAAUGUUUCUAAAAGGAGAAUGAUAUGUCCAAAGAAAUGUUAGAAGUUAUAUAUUGCUUCCCAAAAUAUUUAUGUACCCAUAACUAUGCCAAAAUAGAACAUAGAAACAAAUAAUUGCUAAUAAUCUGUCUUAUAAUAGACUAUAAGAUUUUCAAUUAAAGUUACCCAUAGCAUCCAACUCUAACAGAAAACUCUCAUGGAUUUUAAUCUAGAUUUUUAUGACUUAGUUUUAACCAUGUGUAGAAUGCAUUUAAGUUUAAUUAUAACCUGCUGCAACUGCAAAUCAAAUAGAUAAGUGGCAGAAUCUAAAACGAACCAAUUCUGAAAGCAUAUCAAAGGCAAAGAUUCCUUUGUUUUGAUUUAAAACUCCUGGUGGUUAUUUGGGCAGGUAAAAUUCAAAAUCUGAAUUUAUCCUUGUGAAAGAAUUGCAGCUAGGUCAAGUUCUAGUAGCAUUUCUCACUAAAAUGUAGUUUUAACUAAGUCUGAUUUUCUUACAUAGAAAAGAGUGAUUUUUAAAAUAGUACGCGGAGUCUUCUUAUAAAUACUGUAGAUAUAGAUACUCCAGGUUUUUUUAGAUCAAGGCAUGAAAGAUAAUAGAGAUUAAUUAGUAUGAGUUGGUAAAUAUCAAAUUGAACAAAGUUUAUACUGCUGUACACAUAUGAAUCCAAAAAUGGGAAUGUACUAUUUGCAUUUUAAAAGUGGCAACCUACACAAAAACCAAUGGCAACUCUAAUGGGCUGUAUGAAUAGAAUUAGAAUAGAAUGGACUAUUGAGCCUAGAAUUGAUGGGUACCUUUACUAAGCCAGCUCAAAAUUCACAAAAAUAUGUGCAAGUUUUAAAGUUGUCCAGAAUACUUAAUUUACUAGUAGCAAAAUAAGAGAGGGAUAGCAAAAAAACAUCUGUACUCAGUUGAAACAACACAGGAAGGGAUUGUGGAUUUUUACAGCAUUUUUUUGAACAUCUUGUCAAAACAAUCUACCAUAAUGGAUCAGAGUGCAGUUAUUAUAUAAUGUCCUUUAUAUGUGGCUUUUUGUUUUUAAAAAAUGGAACAUGGUGAGGAUAACGAGCUUCAGUAAAUAGCUGUUUGCUUGAUAUUAUCCAAUUUGUUUAUAAUAAAAUGCUAAAUUUAGUUUAUGCACUACAGCUAAUUUUUGUCUAGUAGUUAGUUCUUAGUUGAAGCACCCACCUGUUACAGCUUUUCUGCCUUGAUUGCGAUAGAGCAAUUAUGAUCUCAUCUUCACCAUGUGAAUUAUAAAGAACUUUUUUU